GUGAGACGCAUUAUAUAUGAGUAACAGUAGUGAUGAUGUUACUAAACAAUUCAGAUGUGUAAUUACAUCAAAAAUUACGUCUCAAACAAAACAACCGAUUAGCCGAGGGGUAGGAAUUUCUUACUAAGAAUGCGAUUGCCGACGGAUUGGAUGGAAAAUUGACGCCAAAUAGGAAACGGGUUAUUUCCUCAUAAGAGGAUGAUAGACAGCGGUACCCGUGUAAACCAAGGAUUAAUGUAAUUGUAAUUAUAUCUAGUUACAAAAGUGUUUGAGGAGAAACACAGGAAGGAUCUGUUUCCGCUGAGGAUGUGAACAGCGAUGAAAUGGAGAGCUCAUUCAUUCAUAACAAAUAUUGUCGACAUCGUCGUUGGAGUAGAAAUACGACAUAAAAAGCUAAUACACUUGUGGUCCUCUGCACAUAAGGCGAAUGAAAGUGGACUCGCAUAGUCUGCUUGACUGUGUGGCUUAAAGUGUAAUAAUAGUUAAAGUGGGUGGUUUGGUUAUAUAUAAGUAUAUCUAAGUUUUUGUCAAAAUUGUUACCCUUUUCAUUUGUUUAAUGACGAUGGCAAAUAUGGGGAGACAAAAUUUGAAACCCCGAAAAGGGGCAAAAACACCAUCACGAUUAAAUCACAUGGUCACGGUCACAGUCUUGUGGGGAGCUGUCGUGGCUGGUGCUGUUCUAGGUCGAAUUCUGGACGAGCCAGCAGGAACAACCGGGGGAGGUUCAACUGAGGGGGAAGUGUACUCCUCCCACCCCGACAUUGAGCGGGCUCAACUCGAAGCCUGGGGAUCAGAGUUCUUCCAACCACCAUUUUCCUCACAUCGUCACACUCCCUCCAGAACCGAACUCCUCCAACGCUUCCCACGGCGUCAGAGGACCUUCGUUACCUCAGCCUCAUCUCCCGCCUAUAAUAAUAAUGAGAGGGCGAGCAGUAACACGCGACACUACGAAGUGGAAAGCGUGGAUACUGGUAGCUUGGAUGCGGUCGUGAAGCCGGAGAACUUGGAAUGGAUGCUCACCAAUAUUUUCAGCUACCCUCGAAACCACAACACGAACGAGACUGCGAAGGAGGGGGCGAAAAAGUAUAUUCUCGACAGCUUCCAGGUCACGAGUGGACUGCAAACGGCACUCCAGCAUUUCAAACCACUCCAAUUCCUCAGCAUCUAUGAUGGAUACUCACUCCCUCAAGGUGCCAAUAUUAUCGGAAUCCUGGAAGGAAGUGAGUGGGGUACAGCGAAUGAUCGACCAACGCUUGUUGGUGCCCACUGGGACACGGUUGCCUUCACUCCUGGAACGGAUGACAACGGUUCUGGGACCGCAGCCAUGCUGGAGGCUGCUCGAGCAAUCUCACAUUCCGGCUGUACUCCAAAAUAUUCGCUAAUAUUUGUGGCCUUUGACUUGGAAGAGGUUGGCUCUCAGGGGUCACUCCUUUUUAUCAAGGACUUUCUCUCUCAAAUUCUUAAAACAGAUUCCCCGCAUGACGUUCCAUUGGAAAGGUUUCAAGGUGCCUUCAUCAUGGAUACGAUCAUGAACAUGAAUGAGACAGAAGGAUCUCAGACAUUCCCCCGUGAUUGGAGUCUCCUUCUGCCGGAUGUGUACGACGUGGUUGCCGACGCAGGAUAUCGGGGGGACUUUCUCUCCAUGAUUUACCGCAAGUCGGUGGAUGGUGGGCUGGCAGAGCGGUUUGUCAAGCAUUGGGAUCAACGGAACAGUCUGGGUCCCAGUUUCAGACUCCAACCCUUCCCCCUCGCACUGGGGAAAGAACUUCCGGAAAUGCAAACCCUCGCAGAUCACCUAAACUUUCUAAGAAGCGACCAUUCCCGUUUUUGGUACAUGAAUGACACUGCGAUGCCAACAUCCCUGAAAGCUGUCCUCAUGACAGACACUGGGCCUUACAGAGGCAACAUGAGGAACUGUUACCACACCGUUUGUGACGGACCUGAGGUCUCCGUCCUGAAUAAUCCCACCAAUCUCAAGUUCCUUGCCAAAAUAACCCAAGUUCUCACAGACACGUUGAUUGACAUGAGUCAGUGUGACAUCAAAUCAUCAUCCUCGUCGACUACAAAUUUGCACCACAACUUUGUCAAAACCAACAACGUCCACGCCAAGAGCGCCACGUCACAAAGAACGUCCGAAUCCCCUUUGAGAAAUCUUCUCAACUUUGUGCGAUGGAUGGAAUUCUCCUAAUAGCUAAAUGCGUAAAUGUAUAGAAUAGUCUUGUGUGUACUUUCUAUUUAUUGCCUAGCUACCUAACAUGUUUGUGUGAGAGAGAGCGGUUCGUUUUUACGAUUAAGUCAAACUAUAUUUUUAUAAAUACUACGAACGAAUACAUUAUUAAAGUCUUAA